AUGAUUCGAUCAGUUCAAAACCGAUUAAAUAUUCAAUUUAAUUCGAAGUUUUUUCACUGGGUCAUAUUAUUUUUAUUUUAUAUUACAAUCAAUCAAAUCUCAUUAGUUAUUUCAAAUGGAUGCCUACAACCUAAUGGAAUGUCUAUAUGUUGUGCCGGUCGAGAGAAGAAAUGUUUUGUUUACAAAUCAACUGGACAAUCUUCAAUAUCUAGAUAUUAUCCAUGGAAGAAAUAUCGUAGUGUAGCUGGUCAUUCAAGUCCACGUGAUCGUUGUUAUUGUGAUGAAAGUUGUGUCAUUACUGGAGAUUGUUGUCAUGAUUAUCACUACACAUGUCAAAAAACAAAAGUGGAUUGUACAGUCAGUGAAUGGGGACCUUGGACAAGUUGUGAAUAUACAUGUGGUCAAAGUGUUAGUACACGUUACAGACAAAUUCAAAUUAAACCAAGUAACAAUGGUAAGCCAUGUCCAGAGUUGAAUGAAACAAGACCAUGUAUUGGACACAAUUGUGCAUCGAAAAGAUUUGGAAGAUCUGGAACGCUGAUGGUACCUUAUGUUUAUGAUAUAAAAGCUGAAGUGGCACAUUUACUACCCGUACAUGGAGAUGUAUUGGAUUUAACUAGACGUUAUGAUAUGCGUUUUGAUGUUCGACGUAAACUCUAUCUUGGUAGAUUAAUAAAAAUGAAUAAGACUGAACAGCCAGAACCUGAUCCAUACUGUGCAGUAUAUGAGAUUACGUAUUCAAAUCAGGCUUGUCAAUCACAAAAUUUGUUAUGGCAAUUUUCACAGUCACGCGAUCUGUAUCCUUCUUAUUAUUAUCCUAAUCGUUAUAAACGACACAAUGAUUAUAAUGGUCAAUCAAUCACUUUUAGCCGUAAAUCAUUUCUCCACAAAAGACAAUACAGUACAGUUAGAAAUACUGGUCUGAACAAAAAUUGGGAAGACAAUUAUUCGAAUUCUGAAUCAUGGAUUACUCAUUCAGCGUUACUUACACCAGGUCAACAAAUCUGUGUGACAUGUUAUCCAACAUAUAUGAGAGAAGAUUUAGGUUACAGAUGCACUGGAUCUGGAUUACCAAAUGUUGAGACUAGAUGGCGUGCACUACGUACUUCUGAUUGUCAAGGUAGAUUCCGUAUGGUUAGUAUACCGCAAAGAUCAUGUACAUGUGGUCGAGGUGUUGCAUCAUUUGUAUUUGUUUAA